AUGGCCAAUACGAAGACAGAUGAUGAAAUCGUGGUCUUUGAAAAAGAAAUGAAAGAGUUCUGGACCAAAUUAAAAUGCAUUUAUGGCACCGAACAGAUCAAUCAGACUUUAGCGCUCAGAGAUUCAUGCAAGGACUCCAUAAAAGCACUUUCAGAGAAAUGGUCCAAGAAGCUGAAAGAAGGGGACCUGAUGAUCAAUAAAAUUCAGGAGUAUAGCAGCGAGAUUCUCCGGCAGAACCAACGCAUCUCAGAAAAUGAAGAGCAUUUGACAGAAAUAAAAUCUGACCUCAAGCACGAAGAAGAGCAAGAGAAGGACCUGACUGACAGCAUCCAAGAGCUUAAAGAAGAGUUGAUGAAGAAAAAGGAGAUAAUAUCCUCUAAAAACAAGGCCACUAGGGAGAGGCUGGAACGACUAUGCAAGUCCAAAACAUUGUUUGAAGAGCGGCUUGGGCUGGAGAUACGCAGAAUUCACAAUGAACAAUUGCAGUUUAUAUUCAGACACGUUGACCACAAAGAUCCGGACAAGCCAUUCAUGUUUACACUUUCCAUAAACGAACAGGGAGAUUAUGAAGUGACUUCAUGUACUCCUCCUCUGGACUGCAUCGCAGAGUUCCAGCUCAAAGUGAGAGAAACUAACAAUUUUUCUGCAUUUGUUGCCAACAUCAGAAAAGCUUUCACUGCCUUAUCUUACAAAUAGUCUGCAUAAAACUAGCAUAUACCUUUCUAGUUGUAGAGCACCUUUUUCCUUUCCUUCUUGCAUUGUGAAAGUAUGUAUUCACCCACGUCUUACUCUAAUUUCUGAAUAAAGAGAAAAAAUGAAAACA